AAUUCAUGCCAGACGGACAGAAAACUCCCAUCGUCAGUUGAGAUGACCCACUUGCGGUUACACUCCGCGGACCGCAGUACGAGUUAACGGUCAUCAGCCAAGCAACGAAUUUUCAGUAUUCACUGCCCAUGUCCGAACCGCCUAUAUCUGGAGAUCCUACAUCGCAGAGAAUCGAUGAGCUCCUGCAGCGAGCCCACGAGCUUUAUACGAAAGCUCUGCAAGGAAACCCCUCAGAUCUAGACUUCGCCAUCGCACACUACCGUGGAGCGCUGGGCGUAAUCUGGAAUCUGUCUUCCGAUGCACAUAGCCAAUUACUGGGCGAUUUCGCAAAUGUCCUGGUCAUGCGCUUUCAGCAGCAGGGCAGUCGUGCAGAUCUUGCUUGUGCCAUGGAAUGUCACCUUGCAGGAUUGGCUCUUCGCCCAAUUGGACAUCCAAUGCGAAUGAUCACCCUUAUGGACUUUGCCACAGCUCUUCUUAUUCGUUUCAAAGAAGACAGCACGCUCAGUGACAUCCACCUUGCCAUUGAUAAUUUCGCUGCUGCACUAUCUCUUUGUCCCUUCGAGCACCCGGCCAGGUGUGCACUCAUCAUGAAAUCCGCCAAUGCUUUCCUUUCGCGAUUCGAGAAUUGCGGAGAUGCCGAGGAUUUAGAGCGUGCAAUUGAGCAGUAUCAGUCGGUCGUCGAAUUAUCACCUCCUCGCGAACGCUUGGCUCCCCUUAGUAACCUUGCCAACGCCCUUCAGUCCCGCUUCCAUCGGUUUCAUGAGCUAAACGACCUCCAAUUGUCCAUUCAACAUUCUUGCGCCGCGCUUCAUCUCCUUCCAACAUACCACCCUGCCCGACCACAGAUUCUCCGCACACUAGCAGGUGGUUUUUUCGAGCGUUUUCAUCAGAAAGGAGACACUGUCGAUCUUGAGACAGCCAGAAGGUACUGUCAGGCUUUACUCGACCUGUGUUCUCAAGAGCAUCCCUACCAUACUCUUGCACUCAACAAUCUCGCCGAUAUUUUGCUCGCACGUUUCCAACAUCAGGGUGAUCCAAUCGACCUUGAUCUCGCCAUUGGCCACUAUCGGACUGCUUGCAUUCAUUCGGAAGGACAGCCUGAUCAAGGAAUGCAUCUUGAUCACCUAGGCAAUGCGCAGUUACUCCAGUUUCGUCAAUGUGGUGACAUGGCUGAUUUGCACCGCGCAAUCGAGAACCAUACUCUAGCUCUCGAGCUACAUCCUCUGGGCCACCAGUGUCGACCAGCUACAUUGGCAGCCCUGGCGAGCUGCCUUGAUGUUCGUUUCGAGCAACAAGGAGAGCUAGCAGAUCUCAAAACAGCCCUCAAUUGCUACAACGACGCAUUGACGUUAUGCCCAGAAAACCACCGUCGACGGCCUGUCAUACUGAAUAAUAUCGCUGCUGCCUUGGAGAUGUACUUCAGGCAGUAUAACGAUCUCAACGACCUCAACCGCUGUAUCGCAUAUUAUCGGGAAGCUCUUGAUCUGUACCCCACAACCCAUGUUGACCGGCCAGUUACCUUGACCGGCCUGGCUUGUGCGCUGUUGAGCAGGUUUGAGCUCCUCGGAAAUGAAUUUGAUAUUGACCAGGCCUUACUUCACUGCACCGUAGCACUGGAUGCUCGGUCGCUAGGACAUCCAGCAAGACCAGCUUCUUUGCUAACUAUGGCAAAGAUUCUUCGGUCUCGGUUCUUGCCCUGGGAUGACCCCAAAAAGCUCGAUGCCGUCUUCGAGCACCUUCGCGCAGCUAAAGAUGCCUGUCAACCAGGGCAUUCGCUGCUUCUCGACAUCCACGCGGAGUUAUCCAUGAUACAUUUUCUUCGUUAUCUCGUGUUGCAGCAUUCCAUGGAUCUUAAAGAGGCCUUUGGCUAUCACGAGCUGAGCAUGGCUUUCGGUUCUGGAGGGAUAUGGGUUGCGUUCCGCGCAUCGCUGUAUUGGGUCCAGAGCGCCGAGAUGUUCAGGCAUGCUUCUGCCGUCGAUGCAUACCGAACAGCCUUGCGUCUUCUAGACCGUUGCGUUAUAGUUGCGAAGGCUCCAGAGCUCCGACGGGAGCUAACACGACGGCACGCCGAGCUGAUGCUAGAUGCAUUCUCUGCGGCAAUCCGUCACAAACAACCUGACCUAGCAGUCGAGAUGCUAGAACAAGGACGUCUGCUGCUCUGGACCCAGCUGGCUCUCCAUCGGAGCAUUCUAGAUGAUCUCAGAAGCUGCGGCGAGCAGGGUGCUCGUCUUGCAGACAAUUUUGAGCAGCUCAAUCACCGACUAGAGCGCGGCCAACAGCACCACAGAGAGGUACAGAAACAACGGGAUGCGGUGAUCACGCAAAUCCGGCGCCUGGAUGGCUUCAGCCAUUUCCUCAUGCAUCCGUCCUAUGCUGACAUUCAGAAGGCGGCUCGUGAUGGUCCAGUCAUCGUGGUUAACGCUAGCCAGUACCUGUGUAACGCCAUCAUCAUAUUUACCACUGGACAACCAGCUCUCGUUCCCCUUCCAAAGAUCACCCUAGCAGAUGUUGCUCGUUUGGCCUCUCUUUUUCACGAUAUCGUACGAUAUUCUGGUGAUCCCGACCCUGGUCGUGACAGGGAGAGACGGCUGAUUAAUUUGCUCACGGAGUUAUGGGAUCUGGUGGUCAGUCCAGUGGUUGACCGUCUUCUGCCACACACGCCAAAGGGUUCGCGGAUAUGGUGGUGCCCGACUGGCAAGUUUGCAGCCUUGCCACUUCAUGCUGCAGGUCUGCACCAUGGUAUCGAGUUGAACCUCUCCCAGCUAUACAUAUCUUCAUACGCCCCGACUUUAUUGUCUCUCAUCAAAAGCAGAAGAACCAAAAGUAGCAACACACCGCGCCGGUCGUCAUUCGUUCCUUCCUUGACCAAUUUUCUCAAAGGCCGAAAAGGCAAAUCUUCGAGACCUUCCACUCCAAUUCUCACGUCAUCUACAUUCGCUGCUAUUUGCAGUGAUGAAAAGACGGAGGACAUCGACAUGCUCCGCAAAGUGCUUCCUUUGACGUGCACCAUGACGCGCAUCACGGGUGCCAACGCAACGUACGAACAUGCCAUUCGUGCCAUUCGCGAACAACCAUGGAUUCACUUUGCCUCGAGAGCAGAGCCCAACUUCGACCUUCCAUUCGAGUCGCAUUUUCCCUUACAUGACAAGCCGAUGUCCUUGUUGGAGAUAGCACAGACAUUGGCGGAAGUGGAGCGGCCGCCUGAAUUCGCGUUUUUAUCUGUGAGCCACGGGUCCAGUGGAACGGAGAGACAUGAGACCAUGCACUUUCCCCAUGCUCUUCAUUUGGCAGGAUUUCAAAGCGUUGUUGGCACGAUGUGGGCUGUGGAUGAAGAGGUCACGCGGCGGAUAGCGUCGGCAUUCUAUCACUCUGUGGUUGUGGAGUCAAGAGGCGCGGUAAAUUGUACCAACGCGGCAAAAGCUUUGAGCCAAGCCCUAAAGAUGGUGGAAGAAGGGAUACCAUUAGAGCAAAGGAUUGCGUUCGUCCAUGUCGGUGUCUAAAUGCGUCGUAAUGAAGAGUAAAAUUGUUUGAAUCCUCGAUCUCGAGAUCCCCGUAUGGCUUCGCUUUAGUAGGAUUCCUCGAAGUAACGAACUGUACCAAGCUCGUAUCGGCCUGGCCAAACGAAUAGCAAGCUCCUAGUUCCAUCGAUAAGAAACCAAUGGAACGUGUAGAUCUAGGUUUACGGCACAAAAGACGUUGAAAGAACUCAUGGCAUGCGUCAAAGACAGAUGUGCACGGGGAAGACGAGCUUACGAUAUCGACAUUUGUGAUGUGCACCGAUGUCCAUAUGCAUACAAGUGGGAAAAACCUAUGUAUGAGGUCCUAUCAAUUGAUCAUUAGUAUCAUACAAGAACAGCUGCCAGUGCCACAAUCAUGAUGGAAGGGAGGCUGUGCAGCUUUGUUUGGCAAAUCCUUUAGAUCCAAACAACCGCUUUGUACUCUCAAGGUCAA